GAAUCUCAGAAAUCUGCAAAGGAAGACUUAAAACCAGUACGCCCAUUACAAAAAGGACCUCAGCCCUCUUGUACCAAAGGGAAAGAAGACAUGAAGAAAAAGUCAGCUGGAAAAUGUUCAGAAAACGCGGCACAAAAAGCUGGGGUGAAAGGACCUGAUUUAUCAGAACUUGAAGAACAGCAGCUGAAGCAACGAGAGGACUACCUAAAGAAAAAACGAGAUUUGCUGAUGGCUACAAAGAAGGAGUCAAGAAAUAACGUGCUGUUACCAGCAAACACUGACCAGAAGGAAGAGGAAUCGCCUCCCAAAGAGGUGAGGGAUUCAAAUGUUUUAAUCAUCCUGACCGCUUUAUAAAAAAAACAUAGAUGAU